UUGUUUUUGGAUUUCGUUCGCGGCCCUCCUACAGGAAGACAGGAGGGAUAGCGCCUGUUGGUUGUACAUCGAGUUUGCAAGCUAUUGCGAGAGGGGUGUAAGCAAGGUUGGACUGCCCUGCUAGAUUUUGGUUUGGAGAAGUGUUUUUCGUUUGAUUUAAGAAAAUGUGUUUGUGCGAUGAGGCGCAGCGUGGGAAUUUUGCUGCGGUGGCGGAGUUGAUAAACAGAGGUGCGAAUUUGAGCCAGCAGGGAGCGAACGGCGAGUACCCGCUGCACGCGGCGGUGAAGAGCAGCAACAAGUCGAUCGUGUCCUUGUUGAUAGAGAAGGGGUGCAAGGUGAACUGCGCGAACGCGAGUGGGUUGACGCCGCUGCACUACGCGGCGAGGAAGGGGGACUUGGGCAUUUUUUUGCUGCUGUUGAGCCACGCUGCGAGGGAGGACGCGCGGGACGUGUACUUGUGGACGCCGUUGCAUUACGCGUGUUACCACGGCCACGCGCAGAUCGUGGAGCACUUGUUGAAGAUGGCGCCGGCGCUGGCGAACGAGGCCGACGCGAUGGGUCACACUCCGCUGUACUUGGCGUGCAAGUACGGUCACUUGGAGGUCGUGGAGAAGUUGCUGGAGGCCGGCGCGAAGUUCUUGAUCAAGGACAGCGCCGACUUCACCCCCUUCUCCUACCUUCCUUCCAUCAAGGUCGAGCGCAAGUACGCGCUCGACAGGGAGCCGGCGAACGCGUCCUACGUGGCGCUUUCGAACGACCUCCGCUCCUUGUUUGAGAGCCCGCUCUACUCCGACGUCACCUUCCUCGUCGAGGCGCUGCCCGAGCCCAACGAAGACGGCCUCGUCGUCACCGAGGAGGUCACCGUACACACAAUUCCCGCGCACAGAGCGAUUCUCCAGUGCAGAUGUCCGUUGAUCUUGCAGGAGGCCCCGCCCUUUCGCACCGUGUCUGGCGGCGAGAUCAAGGUCUCCGGCAUGACCUACAGCCUCUUCCGCGCCAUCCUCGAGUUCGUCUACAGCGGCGCGAUCACAUUCAAGAACGGCGAGAUAGACCUCGACUUCGCCUUCAACCUCGCCAAAAAGGGCGAGGAGUACAAAAUCCCGUCCCUCAUGCACUUCAGCGAGGGCCUCAUCCUCGCCAACCUCGACGAGGAGACCGUCAUAUCCGUCCUAGAGGUAGCGACCAGUUACGGCUGCUGUCCGCAUCUCGAAUACUAUUGUCGAUAUUAUAUUCUCAAAAACUUCGAUAAAAUUAUUGCCAUCAACCCUGAUAUUCAAAACUUUACCGCGGAACAUCUGUGCCCCAUAUUUAAGCAAAUAUCUGUCAUAGAUCCACCUGUUGUUUCGAAUUAUAUAGAGGCCCCGCCAGAACUUUCGCCUACUCUCAGUCCCCUCCAGUCCUCCAUGCCCCCCCUCGUCGACAAGGCGCCCUGCGCCGACUACAAGCCCUCGCCCGUGCCCCACGCGCCCCAGGCGUUCCCCUACUUCAACAAGCCCGUCGACUCCAAGCCCGUCCAAGACCCCAACGUCUACCUCAAGUCCCCUCCCGCCCACGCCUUCCUCCCCCCCGCCGUCUCCGCCCCCCCCGCCGGCUCCGACUACCUCUCCGGAAAGCUGCUCGACUUCGUCAAACGCGUCCACAAGGGCAUCAUGCGCGAGCACGACGCUCUAGACUUCAACUCCCCCGUCGAAUACGUCCUCCUCGGACUCCCCGAGUACCCCGAGAUCGUCCGCCGCCCGAUGGACCUCGGCACCGUCCAAAAAAGCCUCAACAGCGGCGCCUACAAACUCCUCCGCAACUGGGCAGAAGACGUCCGACUCGUCUGGGACAACGCGCGCAUCUACAACACCCCAGAAUCCCUCAUCUACAAAUACGCCGAGCGACUCUCCAACCUCUUCGAAUCCCAAUACGCCCAACUCCAAAAACAAUUCGACCUCCCCCCCAACUACGACGUCCACUACCCCAAACCCCCCGAGUGGUACAUCAACACCUACAACAAAAACCUCAACAACUACCGCCUCAAACUCGGACUCGCCCCAAUCGCUCCCUCCUCCGACCUCCCUCCCUCCGACCCCCCCAAGUACCCGAAAGCCCCCCCCUCUCAAAAAAAAAAACUCUCGCCCGUCUCCAUCAACAAAAAACGUAAGAGCAACCCCCCCAUCGACUCCGUCAAGCAACCCCCCCCAGACCUCCAGCCCCCCCUCGUCUACCAAAACAACGUCAAACCCUUCACCACCCCGAUCUCGCAAGAAGAAAUGGAAGAAAUCUCUCGCAUGCUCGUCGAACUAGACGAAUCCCAAAGCGCCAAACUCAUCCGCAUCCUCGACAUCCAACCCAACGCCGACGGCGAGUACGAAAUCUCCAUCGACUCCCUAGAUUCCAACUCCAUCAGAAAAAUGCUCGACUUCCUCUACCAAGAACUCGGCACUCUCCAGCCCAAAAAAAAAAAAACCGACGAUCGACACCUCGCUGUAUAA